CUAGAAUGGUGAGAUAGGAAUUCUGUCCAUUAAUUUGAUCACGUGUCGUUUCCUUAUAUACUACUCUUCUCUUCUUAUCAGAAGUAAUUCUCUUUUAAAUUCUCCAUGGGUUCAUAUGUGUUAACCAUAUCAAUCCAAUCGAAACGAGACCCACCUACUUGUUUAUUUAUAUAUAAACAACCAAAACCAAAACCAAAACCAAAACCAAAACCAUUAUUAUUCACCAAUCACAAACUCAAAACCAAAGCCAUGCAGCUGCUGGGAUAUUCUUCUUCUUCCAUAAAUCUUCCAUGGACCCAAAACUCACUCCGAGUCUCCGCCGGGGCCGCCCCACCUCCACCACUAAAGCUCCACGGAACCCACUCAAUGCCGCCUGAGAAAGCUGAAAUCUUUAAGUCGCUAGAGGACUGGGCCACCAAAUCGAUUCUCCCGCUUCUAAAGCCGGUGGACCAAUCCUGGCAGCCACAAGAUUUCCUACCCGACUCAACAAAGCCCGACGAAGAAUUCUUCGAUCAGAUCCGUGCGUUACGUGAUCGGACGGCUGAGCUUCCAGAUGAGUACUUGGUUGUGCUGGUUGGGGAUAUGAUCACGGAGGAAGCUUUGCCUACGUACCAGACCAUGAUAAACACCCUCGACGCUGUCAGAGACGAGACUGGAGUUGGCUCGAGCCCGUGGGCUCAGUGGACCCGUGCCUGGACCGCCGAAGAGAACCGCCACGGGGAUUUGCUUCGAACGUAUCUGUACUUGUCCGGUAAGGUCGACAUGGUCAUGGUUGAACGGACCAUCCAAUACCUUAUUGGAGCUGGCAUGAACCCGAAAAUGGAGAACAACCCGUACAUGGGAUUUGUGUACACAUCAUUUCAAGAGAGAGCAACGUUUGUGUCUCACGGCAACACAGCAUACAUGGCGAAGAAGGAUGGGGAUCCAGUGCUGGCACGCAUAUGCGGGACUAUUGCAGCUGAUGAGAAGCGCCAUGAGAAUGCGUAUGUGAAGAUAGUCGAGAAAUUACUAGAAGUGGACCCCAACGACGCCAUGAUUGGAAUUGCUGAUAUGAUUAAAAAGAAGAUCACAAUGCCGGCGCACCUUAUGUAUGAUGGACGCGAUCCCAAGCUCUUCCAGCACUUCUCAUCUCUGGCUCAGCGGCUUGGUGUGUAUACAGUUAAUGACUAUGCUGAUAUCUUAGAGUUCUUGAUCGGACGGUGGAGGCUGGAGAAGAUAGUGGGAUUGACGGCUGAGGCUCAGUGUGCGCAAGACUUUGUUUGUGGUUUGGCACCCAGAAUUAGGAAGCUGCAAGAGCGAGUUGAUGAGAAAUCUCGUAAGAUGGAACCACUUAGAGCCAAGUUUAGUUGGAUCUUUAACAAAGAGAUUGUUUUAUAAAUGUAAAAAAAAAAAAAUAUUGGCCAUUGAAAUGUUAAUAAGUCAAAAUUAAUGUGUUUUUAAUUAAUUUUAUGUCAAACUAGUAACAUAUUAAAAUGUGAAAAGAGAGAAAUAAAACAUGCUUAAAUGACGUGCUUAAUUUUAA